CGAAACUUCUUUCUCAUCGCAGCCUUUCUGUCUACAACAGCAGCGGCAUCCUGCAUAGCAGGCGAUGCAUAUCGUCGCGCUCGCGCGUCGUAAUAGGUGCUUGAUAAGUGCGUUCACGCUUUCGGCCCGCGAUGAGAGGCGCAUCGUGACUCUGCCGGGCGCUCACUCAACACAGCGGCAGAAGAAGGCCUGCCAGCCAACUUCGCCUUUGCCACUGCCGAGUGAGGCACGCCGUGUUUGUGCGUCUACUACAUGCUCCCCCCGGUCGCCUGCAGUUCGUCGCGGAUAAUUAGCCCCCACGGCACACAAGACACCAAUAAUCAGCAUGGAAAGGAGGAUUUUGGCAAAAGCCUGGACUUUGACUCUUGGAAUCCUUUUCUGCGUUUUGAGAGCCUGCGCUGAAAGAACAUGCCUCGUUUCUAUGAGAACCGCUGUGCGGCCACAAGACGAGGCAAACUUCAGUGAGAAAGGAUCUCUACAACUACUUGAGUGCACUAAAGAGCCGGUGACGUGUUCAGAUGGAAGUCUGCCACCGGAACUAUUCGGAGACGUGUCUAUGCAGACUUCGCUGCAGCGGCAACAACAGCUCGUGUUUCGGAACCGACUCCGGCGAGGCACUGAUUGAGCACGACCAAGCCUCGCCAUUGAACGUGCCACGUGUGUCAUGCGUAGCUGCCGAUCUUCACCGCGCAGGCAUUUUGCAGACGUAUGCUGCAGUUUCAAGCUGCAGCGAUGACUGGCCGCAAGACGGUGCCCUUCGCUACUGUGAAGCCGACCACGUGACAAGCGAUUCGACCAGCAGCGAAAAUGUCGAGCUUGUCACGAGUAAGAGUUCGGGCGUAACGUACAAAAACAGGCAGUGUGCCGUUUGUAACCGUGACACGAAAACAUUAAUCGAUUGGGAAAGCGUGCAUUCGGAUAGAAAAUUACUUCAGGUUAACUCGCGUUACGCGGCUUACUCUAAAUUCACACCGCCACACUGCAGUUCGGCGAACGUCACAGACGUAAGAGCGAAGUGGAAUUCAGGAAUCACCAAGUUCGUGUGCCGGGUCUUCGCACGGCCGCAUAAUCCGGCUUCAGACGAAACACGGAUGGCCACAACCCAGAAGUUCUGUGACAUAUGCCUUUACACCAUCUUUUCGAACGUCGAAUGUCGUUCUUUGACGGAAGCCACGGUCGUUGAUGAGGAUGAUCAAGGGGUUAUGUUUUCGAUUUUCAAAAAUGAUUCAUAUGCAUCUGCAUACCGGGUGCUUAGAAAAUUUUCUGUGAAUACUGACGUCGUCGCAGGAGCUAUAUCAGUUUCAUUUCUUCUUCUUAAGGUACUUGCGUACGCUCUCGACAGAUCCCCACGGUGCUUCAUAUCACGGUGCACCCUAUGCUACGCAUUAACAUUGCUGGCAGGCCAGAUAAUAGCAUACGCCUCUUUGUGUUUAUUUAACAAAGUCAGUUUUAUAGUUUACGAGAUGUUAUUUUUGCUCGUGCUGUACUUUACGCAGUCCUCUUUCCUUUGGACUUUGGUUGUAUCGUUCGACAUAUGGAGGGCGUUAACCACAUCGAAGCGGGUGUUAAGGCACAGUAAAACGUUGGUCAUUUACGGCGCUUUCGCUUGGAGCACACCUUUCGUGCUGUUUGCCUUGUCAUACUUAUCACAGUGCGGACCUGUAAACAUUACCUUCUUUAAAUUUAUGGAGGGCCAGCCCCUUCACGUGACUACAGUUGUAACGCCGAUAGUUGCUUUCGUGGCAGAACUGUGUUUUUACGUGCACGUAGUCGUACAUGUCAGAAAAUGCAGGGAAGCGUCGAACGAAAUCGAGGUACAAAAGACAACCGGGAGCCAGUCCCGGCUUUUCUUGUUCGUCAAGCUGGCGUUUGUCAUGUGUGCCACUGGCCUGUUCCGUGUCGUACUUUCACUGCCGUUCUUUGCGCCAGGCAUAAAAAGGAACCUGUUGGCAACGUUAGCCUACAAGUCGGCGUAUAUAUUAAGUGAAUUGCUCGGAGGCCUUCCGGGUGCCUAUGUGUUUUUCGGUUUCAAUGACCACGUAAGACUGUGGAGAAUAAUUUUCCGCGCAUGGAAUCAAAGUUCGCGCUGUUUACAAUCGAAAUCGUAUCGUCUUUCUUUGAGGAGACACUGCGACAAGGACAUCAUUCAGCUCAAAACUCCUAGUUCUUACGAGCGGUGUGAUCCAGGAAAUAUGAUACAAGCCUAAAGCGCGUGAAGAUCCGUGCGUGCAGUAAACAAACAAACAAACAAACAAACAAACAAACAAACAAACAAACAAACAAACAAACAAACAAACAAACAAACAAACAAACAAACAAACAAACAAACAAACAAACAAACAAACAAACAAACAAACAAACAAACAAACAAACAAAUCUGCAUAUGAAAGCAGAACGUAGAUACUGCCACGUCAAAGUGCAAAUUACAGACAACAGACAUUGCGCUGCAGACGUCUUUACUUGGUACGGUCUGAAGUGCUGUUCGAUUACCUUCUAAGAACGCACCAACCAGCCCAGUUCAGCACAUUCUCACAGCGCAGUAGAUAUAAUUGCAAAAGAGAGAAGGGAUGGAAAGGCGGGGAGGUCAGCCAGACGCACAUUCGGUUUUCUCUAUCCUACGAAGGGAAAGGGGGUUGAGGACUAAAAGACAGAAAGGAAAGAAAACACUCAGGGUGUCGAUUCGUCCGGAGCUGCACAUCGAAAGUACAGUUGCUCGGCGAGCACUGCCGACAUCAGGAAUUGCAGUAAGGCGCGUGUCGCUUUCUGUGCCUGCGAGGAAUGGGGCCACAGACCAAGUACUUUUGUCACCAUGAAUGAUCUUGAAUCCAGAUGAUCUAACAUGGUGCGGGGACAGCUGCUGAGGAGAUGUUCCGUAUACUGUUCACACCUGCAAUUGUCACUCGAAGGCGUCACUCAUCCCAGGGAAGGAUGAAUAGCUCUUUUUGGCAUUCACGAAGAGCCCAUAGUUUCUAUGGAUCAUUUUAAAGCCACUGGCAGCUGUAAAAGCACACGGAAAAAAAAUGCCCAUCUAAUGCUAUGUUUCAAUAUCAGAUGAAACUAAGCUUCUUUCAAGUUAUAAAGAGCCUUGAAACCUACACUAAUGUCUGUGUUUAUGCGUUUGCGUAUGUUUAUGUCUGCGCUAUGCGAAUGAUACGCGUGCUCUUACGUGUAUGCUUUCGCCAUGCAAGGUCACGUGCAACUCCACAUAUAGAGUGAGCUGCCUUACGCAAUGUAUAACAUUGCGAAGCGGAACGAAGUGUGUGUGUAUGACACAGUUUGUAUGGUGACGAUGCUUGGGAAUCCCGAAGUACGCCUGAGUAGCGAAAUUGGCGGCUCUAAACAGACCUACCUUCCCAUUUUCUACACUAAAGAAAAAAGAACACGUUCGUUCUUAAAGUCACUACUACGCUAAAAAUAAA